AAACCGAAAGAAGCCGUACUCGAGCGGCUGCACGUAGCUGAUUAAUGAAGGGAUUUAAAGGCUGAAGCCAUUUCUUUUGACCUCCAGCGCCAAAACCCUUGGCCAGUUCCCCUGAGUUGUAGAAAUUAGGGUUUUGAAAUUGGGGAUUUGAUCUCCUGAUUGAUUCUUAGUGAGUAUACAGUACACAUCCUUCUUACUCUCAUAUGCUCAGAUUAAGAUUCCUUUCAAAAUUUUCUCAUGCCUUUCGCUUUCUAACUCUCUGUCAACGCUAAUCAAUAUUUCCAGUCAAUUGCCCCCCGAAAUUCGCAACCAUUUAUUUAUAUUAAUUAAAAGCUGCUAAUUUUAUCAAUAGUUUUGGGGCAUUUUGUCGUCGUGUAUACAUUAUUUGAAACCAGUCUGAAUCAUGUGUCAUCGUGUUCCUAAUCCCAUGUUGCUAUGUUUUUUCUAAUCACAUGUUUGAUUGCCCAGAAAAUUAGUCGCGCCCCAAUAAGAAAAAUAGCUUUAGUUUUCUGAAUUUUUGUAUUUAAUUGACUCAAAACUGGAAAAAUUAUUGGUAAUCGUACUUGAUAUCAUGUUGCAGUGGAUUCAAACACUAGAGAUGGGGUAGCUGACAGCACUGACGAAGGAGUCAUGGUUGAUUUGGAGGGAGGUGAUGUUCUUGAACCAUAUGUGGGUAUGGAAUUUGAAUCUGAAGAGUCUGCCAGGCAAUUUUAUGUAGGAUAUGCCAGAAGGGUGGGAUUUGUGGUGCGUACUAUGCAACGCCGUCGAUCGGACAUUGAUGGGAAAACUCUUGCUCGGCGACUUGGAUGUAACAAGCAGGGGUUUUCUCCUAAUUAUAAGUGCACAAUUGGACCAGAUCAGAAGCCACGGCCUAGUGCACGAGAAGGCUGCAAGGCAACAAUUUUAGUGAAGAUGGAGAAGUCUGGAAAAUGGGUUGUUACGAGAUUUGAGAAGGAUCAUAAUCAUCCUUUGGUUGUGACUGCCCAUGGCUUUACAACUCCAGGUGACAAGGAUAAAAAAAUUGAAGAACUUACUCGGCAGUUGAAGAUUCAAGACCAGUUAUGUGCAUCUUAUCGAGAAAGACUACUUAAGCUUCUGUCUGAUGUUGAGGAGCAAACUGAACAAUUGUCUUCAAAGGUUCAAGUAAUUGUUGAUAAUGUGAGAAAAGUUGAAGCUGAAGUACAACAUCUUUCAUGCCAUCAAUAGCCUCAGCGUUUAAAGCAAGCUGUCUGUCAUGUGCAUGUAAGAUCUGUAUAUAAUUUAAGUUCAAUUUCAAGAUUUCUUCUUCUGUACAGUAUUUGCUCUUUAAAUUUCUUUUUAUUUGAUACAGCAUUUGAUCUUUAUAUCUGGCUCUUUUACUUGGGAUGGUUAAGACAUAUUUUCUCAACUGCCUCCUUCCAAGAUUAUUUAACAACUUUCAAGAAUCU